AUCACUGCGCUUCUGCCUCGCGUUGCACAAUGGCGGAGUGUAAGUCGCAUUUCCAUAGUUUGUAGCUGUUUCUGUGUGGGGUAGGCCGGUGCUUUGGUUAUUCCCGUUGGUGCUGAAGUAUCAUCAGUGAGCUACUACUGUGGAGUAUCUGACAGCCACCUUGGUGCUGCCACCCCGCUAAGAAACACCUCAAAUCAAAGCUUCAUCUUCAUUCUGCGGACACAUAACGAAACAGUUCAUCCGAUCCGAUCACCCCUCCCCAAACUAGUUCAGAAGUCAUUGUUCGCCGACGUAGGCUGUUGCCGCGUGUAGUGGAAACCAGCUGGCAAUUGCCUUCGCCCGGAGAUUUAUUGAAAGCGCUCGAUUUUCACAAGCGACAACGAUGGAUACAUCUGUGGCAGUAUUUCUGUGAAAAGAAGACUGGCAUUGCAGUGUAAUACCUGGCGCUCGAUCGCUUGCUUGCAUUCGUUCUCAGUGAUAGAGCGAACCCACUCAAAUCUCCAAUGAAUAUCGCACGGCUGACAGUGGACAUUCAAGCGGCACAGGAGAAACGACAGCAAAGUUUCGACAAGACUCCCGAUGGCGCGUGUCUUCCUACUGGUAGCCUCAGCCCGAACCUUCAGCCGGCAACACCGCCGGUUUUUCCGUGCACCAAAGAACCUUUUGCGGCCAGCAUUGUUGGCGGACGAUAUGUUCUCCUUGAACAGCAAGAAGGCAGUGCCAUGUACAGGAGUGUCCACGUUAACACACAUGAGGAGUUUUCAUGCAAGGUGAUUCCGAACGAACGAUGCCGGCAAUCCCUCGCUGGUCACCUGCGGUUGGACGGCCAACCUCACAUAAACCAGAUCGAAGAGGUGUUGAUGGGGGAAACGAUGAGCUACGUGUUCUUCCGGCGGUCCUAUGGUGAUCUCCACUCCUAUGUCCGAGCCAAGAGGCGUCUACGGGAGCCCGAGGCCCUGCGCUUGUUCCAGCAGAUCGCCUCGGCGGUAGCCGCCUGCCACGAGGCCGGGGUGGUACUUCGCGAUCUCAAGCUCAGGAAAUUCGUCUUUGAGGAUCCCGAGAGGACCCGCCUAAAGCUCGAGACCCUCGAAGACGCCGUCGUCCUUGACGACCCUGAGCUCGACCAACUCAGCGACAAGCACGGCUGCCCUGCCUACGUCAGCCCAGAGAUCCUGACCACCACCACGGGCGGACGCUACAGCGGACGAGCCGCCGACUGCUGGAGCCUCGGCGUCAUGCUGUACACUCUCCUCGUGGGACGGUACCCUUUCCACGACGGCGACCCCGGCGCCCUCUUCGCCAAGAUCCGCCGUGGGAACUUCAGUGUGCCAGAGUCCCUGAGCGCGCGGGCGCGGUGCCUGGUGCGCUCACUGCUGAGGCGCGACCCCGCAGAACGGCUGUCGGCGGAGGAAGUUCUGGACCACCAGUGGUUCCGUAAAAACAGCAGACGCGACGGCGGAACGAGUCGCGAGGACUCGGACCAGACAGUGCCCGAGUGGUGUGCUUGAUCGACGGGCAGACUAGAGAGGAAACGCUGCCAUGUCGGGGUGGUGGUGGGGGAGCGGGGAGAGUGUCGGGAGAGAGUGUGAGGACACGUUUUUUUUUGUUUGUUUUUGUUACGAUUUGUGGUGUUUGUGUUGGAACUUACGUUUGUUUGCUGUGGAUCUGCAGGUUUGUAAUGCGUGGGUUUGGGAAGAAAAAAAGAGACGUGUUCUGAAACACACUGCUGUAGAGAACAAAACAUUUGCAAGCCGUCAGGGCUUGAGGUGCAACUUUGAAAAUACAAAUGGAAUGAUCAAAUAGAAACCAUGUACACCUAUUCAACAUCAGGUUUUUACAAAUAAGUUUCAAACACGUUUCGGUUUGGUCUACCUGCUUAGCGAGACAAAGAAGGCAUUUAGUUACCCUGUUGCAAUGAUCAAUGUUAAUGUUGUCUACAUGAUUCCAAAGACUGCAUUAGUACUACUGACAAUGAUGUUGUGUAUCUUUUCCCCCCAUUUAAUUUUGAAUGAGAUGCAUAAACUGAAAACUGUGAUUAAACAGGCAGCUCUCUUGCAAACACAGCAAAACAACAAUGCCAAAGUGCACCGCAAACCCAGUGUGUGUGCUGGUUUACAAGAACAAAUGGUCCAAACCUGUGUUUGUACACAAAUGUCCUUCAGUCAGUUCCUUUUCCUAAGUCCAGAAAUGUUUUUGUGUGUGUGCACGCCACGUUUGUGGCCUAUCAAGUACAAAAAAAAUGACCCGUGAAAGCAGCUGCCACAUACAGCCAGCAGUGCACCACACACUCUGGCAAACUUGUGCAGCACACUGUUGCUGGGCUUUCAUUUGAUAUGACCGCUCGCAGCUCUCUCUCUCUCUCUCCGAGGCAUCACAGUACUGAUGUCACUGCCACGUGAACCUACGUAACGUUUUAGUGACGUAACAGUGGCAGGGGGGCUGAUACUUUGGCUCGGGAGUAAACCUCCUCGUUAUCCCCCUCCCCAAACUAGAGGUGGAGUGCACCGUAAGGAAUUUUGAAGCCCUCCGGAAUGAACUUAUUUUUUUGCCCGAACGAGAGUUUAAAAGCAACCUGACAAAUAAUGAAUUAGCAGACAAGGAAAAGGGUGUUAAAAAUUCUAGUGCUCCCCACCUCGGAAUUAUCUAGGUGUAUAUUUAAUGUAUAGUCCUAAACACGACGGUUGGCUGGCCUGCACCUGUGACAGUGUGGUUCAGUCAAAGGUCGUGAUGUGUUGUCCAGUUGUUGUAUUGUUCAUUCCAAAUAUCGUGCAGUACAUAGCUGCUCUCUUGAAGAGCGUAGAUCGUCGUUGAAGAAACCGGUUUUUCCGGAACCGGCGGCACAGUGCAAUUUACCUCCGACAGGAUGGAAACAAAGAGUCGUGAACCAGAGCUUCGGGGUCACACAAUUCUCGUCGUGUUCAGCCGUUAGUCGUGGUUGUGUCUUAUCUGCAUAACUGUUGUAUUCCUUAUCCUCUGUUAACAUGCCAGUAGUUGUCUAGCUUUGAGUAAAAAGUUUGUAAAUGAAAUUGGAAGGUGAAGUGUUGGCUGUUCUUGUGUCUAGAAAAAAAAAAAAGGAAGAGGGGAGUGAAAUUAGGGAACGGUUUUAAUAAUCAUUGAGUCUGUUGCCUACCCUGGUUGAUGUAUUUCCUGUUCUGUUAUGUGUAAAUAAAUGCUAAAUUCCCACCCUGCA